AUGAGUACAGCCACGAGUGAGGUGGCGACAUUUGCCAAUGGCUGCUUUUGGGGCACUGAGCACAUGUUCCGAAAGCAUUAUGGAGGCAAAGGUCUGAUUGAUGCCAAGGUUGGGUUUAUCGGGGGCACGAAGGCCGACCCUACGUACAUGGAAGUGUGCUCGGGCCAGACAGGCCAUGCUGAGGCGUCUCAGCUUACGUUUGAGCCUUCUAAAGUGUCCUAUGAAGAGCUUGUAGAGUUCUUUUAUCGUACCCAUGACCCGACGCAGCAGGACGGUCAAGGUCCGGAUAUUGGCAGCCAGUACCGCAGCGCCCUGUUUCCUCACACACCGGAACAAGAAGCGAUUGCACGAAAGGUGACUGAAGAAGUGCAGAAAAAGCAUUUUGACCCGCAUGGAACGCGUAUCGUGACCACCAUUCAUCGCGUGCCAGCUAGCGAUUUCUUUGUCGCUGAGCAAUAUCAUCAAGAGUACUUGUUGAACAACCCAAGUGGCUACCAUUGCCCCACGCACCGCCUGUGGUGGUAA